AUGGAUUCGACCUCAGACAGCAAGUCGAGUUCCGAGGGACAGACGACGAUAUGGCCCGCGAAAGAAUUGCCGGAACUUCUCAGAGACCUGUCAGAAGAGGAGUUGAAGAGUCUCGAGAAAAAGUUGAUUAGGAAGGUUGACUUACGAAUGUUGCCCACAAUGAUUCUGAUCUAUAUCAUGAAUUACCUCGAUAGGAAUGCCAUUGGCUCCGCUAGACUAGGCGGGUUAGAGAAAGACUUGGGUCUGACUGGCAACGAAUUCCAGACCUGCGUUUCGAUCCUCUUUGUCGGGUACAUCCUGAUGCAAGUACCUUCAAACAUGUUCCUCAACAAGAUCGGACGUCCUGCGAUCUAUUUGUCGGGAUGCAUGUGCGUUUGGGGUGUAUUAUGUGCCUGCAGCGGCGCCACACACAGUUUCGGAGGCUUGUUGGCAACUCGAUUCUUCCUUGGGUUUGUUGAAGCAGCCUUUUACCCAGGCUGCCUUGCAACUCUCAGCUCAUGGUACGUCCGCAAAGAGCUCGGCGUCCGCACUGGGCUAUUCUACAGCGGUUCCAUGCUCUCAGGAGCCUUCUCUGGUCUCAUUGCCGCCGGCAUCACGAACGGCAUGGACGGCGCCCGCGGCCUGCUAGCCUGGCGUUGGCUCUUCAUCAUCGAGGGAUCACUCACCGUCGCCAUUGCACUCGGCGCCUUCUUCGUGCUGCCAGACUUCCCCGCCAACACCAAGUGGCUAACGGACCAAGAACGACAGCUGGCGAUGUGGCGCAUGGAAGUCGAUGCUGCGGGCGAAGAGGACUGGACGAGCUCCUCUUCGCAACCCAUAUUCGACGGCUUCAAAAUGCUCUUGGUCGACCCGAUCAAUUGGAUUCUCGUUGUGCUUGUCUAUGGUGCUGCGUCGUCGAUUUCUAUCAACAGCUUCUUCCCCACCGUUGUCGCGAGUCUCGGAAAGGAUCGCAUCACGACGCUGCUUCUUACUUCGCCGCCCUAUCUUCUGGCGUGCAUCGUUUGCGCGGCAGUGUCUUGGAAUGCCGACCGCAUGAACGAGAGGUACUGGCAUACCGUCGCCCCGCUGGCUUGCUCGCUCGUCGGUUUCAUCAUCUCCAGCGCCGCAACGGGGAUCGGGCCGCGGUACUUUGGCGCGAUGAUCAUGCUUCCUGGGAUCUACACUGGCUUCAACAUGUCUAUGGUCUGGACAGCCAACACGAUCUAUCGACCCACGUCCAAGCGCGCCGCUGCGGUCGCGUUCAAUAAUGCCUUUUCUACACUCUCAGGCAUCUACGGAUCUUACUUAUACCCUAACAACGCGACGCCGAGGUUCGUCUUGGCUUUCAGCGUGAAUGCCGCGAUGGCAUUGAUGGCGAUUGUCGCUGCCACUGUGUUGCACUUUGUUCUAAAGAGGGAGAACAAGAAGUUGGAGAUCAGGGAGCAGGAAGCAGAGGCUGCUGGUCAGGCGGUAUUGAUUGGGAAAGGCUUUAGAUAUGUCAUCUAA